AUGGCCGACGCGGGAUCUCCGCGGCCCCAAGAGGCCUCUCGGAGCGCCAACCUGACCCCGCCGUUCCCACUAUGGUUGCCACUACCCCAGCCUCGGCUCGCUCGCCGCCUCCCUCUUAACCGCCUCUGGCCGCGGCCGGCGUCCGCGGCGUCGGUGACGUCGACGUGGGGGCGGGACUUCCUGCUUCGCGCGCCCUUAGGUCUCGGGACUCAGCCCGCUCUGCGGGGUUUGAAGGGUGGCGGGCGGCGGACUCGGGUUGGUUUCCUAGUCGGACUUCGGCUCCGGCCCCGCACCCCAGAGAAGGCCAGUCCACCGAGGAGGAGCGGGGUUUUUCUCCAUUGCCGCCGCUGCCCUUUUCGCCUUCGGAGCUCUCUCGGGAUACCCCACAUUUCCAGGGGUUGGGAGCCCGAGGGGCGCGCUUGGCCCUCCGGCUCCUGCUCUUCAGCCUGCGCCGCGAGCGGCCGCCGAGACCUCACCAGGCGUGACGGGCUGGGCCUGCACCCCGCGUGCGGGACCGUCUCCCGUGGCCCCAGUGCCCCGGCGGGAAGAGUGCCGCAGGCGCCCGUGGCUGGAGCAGUGGAGGUGUCCACCUGGCGAGUGCGGCCGGACCACCGGUCACUGUUAAGUUUUCUGUGCGCACGUUUCAAGGUCCGAGUGUGAGUCUGAAAUUAAUUUGCAUCAAAGAGCAGAAUCAAAAUUACAUGCCAGGGCUUCCCUGGUGGUGCAGUGGUUAAGAAUCCGUCUGCCAAUGCAGGGGACACGAGUUCAAGCCCUGGUCUGGGAAGAUCCCACAUGCUGUGGA